AUGGUGUUUCGGUCGAUAUUUAUGCAAAGAAUAUUUGUCAUCCUUAGAUCUAAACUUGAAACGCUUUUCCUUUUGAUUUCUUCAGUUAACGAAACAGAAUUUACAACAAAAGUAAAAUACAAUCCACCAAACGUGAGAACAUGUAAUGACUAUUGCAAGCAUCCACAACCUCGUUUUCAUCUGCACAGUGAAUAUAUAAAGGUUCCUUUAAAUUAUCUCUUUAUACCAUUCACUCAAUGCUUGCCUGGUUGCAAAGCAACAAAAAACACAACGAACAUCAAAACACAAACCCUAGAUGAUUCAACCCUGUUCGAAGUCAUUAAUGAACAUAAAUCUUGCAAUCUCUGGAACAAAAAAGUCCAUAAAAGUCUACCUUAUCGUAGCAGACGCAGUGAUCCAGAAAGUCGACCCCUCGUGCUAAAUAACGGAUUAGUUGUCUACAUCACAUCACCCAGAAUGAUGUUAGUUGCCUUCAUUCUCUUAACUGCCCUCAUCUCAAUACUCAUUCUGGACUGUACUCUGUGUCAUCGUAAGAAAGGAAUGAUGUAUUCUAUAAAAAGUUGUGGAAAGAAUGAAGAGUGUGAAGACUGCGUAAGAAGACAGCAGACUAUGAUAGAAAUGGUUUAAGUAUCAGUAGUUUUUCCUUCACAUUUCUGCU